GGCGGCGGCGGCUCCUUGCGUUGGGGGGGCGGCGGCGGCGGCCACUCCGCCCUUGGCAGGAGGGGCGGCUUUCGUUUGCAGAGAUUCCUUUAUACUACUAAUUUGAUGGAAUGAUUUAAACUCUGAAGUUUGGGCCAACAAGAUGGUCUAGCAUAUGAAAAGGCUUGUUGUACAAAUCUGACGACUGAGUCUCAUCCCCAGACCACACAGCGCAAGGAGAGAACUGACUCCAGAAAGUUGUCCUCUGAUCUCUGUACAUAUACUGUGAGAAUUAAUUAUUAGAACCAACAUGGCCACAGGAGGAGGUCCUUUUGAAGAAGUCAUGCAUGAUCAGGACUUACCAAACUGGAGCAGUGAGAGUGUGGAUGACCGCCUCAACAACAUGGAAUGGGGUGGCCAACAGAAGAAGGCCAAUAGAUCAUCAGAAAAGAAUAAGAAAAAGUUUGGUGUAGCAAGUGAUAAGAGGGUAACUAAUGAUAUUUCUCCGGAGUCAUCACCAGGAGUUGGAAGACGAAGAACAAAGAUUCCACAUACGUUUCCACAUAGUAGAUAUAUGACUCAGAUGUCUGUUCCAGAGCAGGCAGAAUUAGAGAAACUGAAACAGCGGAUAAACUUCAGUGAUUUAGAUCAGAGAAGUAUUGGAAGUGAUUCUCAAGGUAGAGCAACAGCGGCUAACAACAAACGCCAGCUCAGCGAAAACCGAAAGCCCUUCAACUUCCUGCCUAUGCAGAUUAAUACCAACAAGAGCAAGGACGCUCCUCCAAGUCUUCCCCAAAGAGAGACGACUGCAUCAGCACAGUGCAAAGAGCUGUUUGCGUCUGCUCUAAGCAAUGACCUUCUGCAGAACUGUCAAGUCUCUGAAGAAGAUGGGCGAGGCGAACCUGCAAUGGAGAGCAGCCAGAUUGUUAGCAGGCUUGUUCAAAUUCGUGACUAUAUUACUAAAGCUAGUUCUAUGAGAGAAGAUCUUGUAGAGAAAAAUGAAAGAUCUGCUAAUGUUGAGCGCCUUACUCAUCUAAUAGAGCACCUUAAAGAACAAGAAAAGUCAUAUAUGAAAUUUCUCCAGAAAAUCCUUGCUAGAGAAAAUGAGGAGGAGGAUGUUCGGACUAUAGACUCAGCUGUGGGAUCUGGUUCUGUAGCUGAGAGCACAUCGCUAAACAUAGAUGUGCAGUCUGAGGCUUCAGAUACCACGGAGGCAUCUUUUAGUCUGAGAAUUCGGCCCUGCAUUGAGGACAAACUAGGGAAUUCAGCUUCACAAGAACAGGUUUCAGACAUUGACGUUACUACAAGUCCAAAAGGGAAAGGUGACAGAGCUCCUCAGAAUGACAGGGAACAGAGACCUAAUAGGAAAUGUAGCCGAAAACGUGGAUUGCCCUCAAAGGCCAGAGAUCAUCAGCAGGAGCCCAUGGAAGAGACAGAAAACUUGAAGAAACAACAUGAUCUAUUAAAAAGAAUGCUACAACAGCAGGAGCAGCUGCGAGCUCUGCAGGGACGGCAGGCCGCCCUUCUAGCUUUGCAGCAUAAAGCAGAGCAGGCGAUAGCUGUGAUGGACGAUUCUGAAAAGGUUGCAGGAACAACUCCUGGCUAUCAUACUGUACCGUGCAGACAGACAGCUCGCUCUCCUUUUCAUCAGAGAGUACCUUUAAGAGUUGUUACAGAAACUACAGGAAGCUUAUCUGGAGUCAGCAUCACAUCUGAACUAAAUGAAGAACUGAAUGAUUUAAUCCAGCGUUUCCAUAAUCAGCUUCGUGAUUCUCAGCCUCCCACUGUUCCAGACAACAGAAGACAGGCAGAAAGCCUUUCAUUAACUAGAGAGAUUUCUCAGAGCAGAAAUCCCCCAGUUUCUGAUCAUUUACCUGAUGAGAAAGUCCAUCUUUUUAGCAAAAUGAGAGUACUACAGGAAAAGAAACAGAAAAUGGACAAAUUACUUGGAGAACUCCAUACCCUUCGAGACCAGCAUCUGAACAAUUCAUCGUUCGUGCCUUCAACUUCUCUCCAAAGAAGUGGGGAUAAGAGAAGUCCAGCGGCAGCGCUCUCUGCUCCUGCAGGCUUUGCACCGGUUGUCAACGGAGAGGCCAAUAGCCUUACGUCAUCUGUUCCUUGUCCUGCCACUUCUCUAGUUUCUCAGAACGAGAGUGAAAAUGAAGCUCUUCUAAAUCCAGCUGAAAAACUACAGAAGUUAAAUGAAGUUCAAAAGAGAUUGAAUGAAUUGAGAGAAUUAGUUCAUUAUUAUGAACAAACAUCAGAUAUGAUGACAGAUGCUGUAAAUGAAAAUACAAAAGAUGAAGAAACUGAGGAGUCAGAAUAUGAUUCUGAGCAUGAAAAUUCUGAACCUGUUACUAACAUUAGAAAUCCACAGGUAGCUUCUACUUGGAAUGAAGUGAAUAGAAACAGUAAUACACAGUGUGUUUCUAAUAAUAGAGACGGGCGAUCAGUUAAUUCUAACUGUGAAAUUAACAACAGGUCUGCUGCCAACAUCAGAGCUCUGAACAUGCCUCCAUUAGACUGUCGCUACAAUAGAGAAGAACAGCGGUUACAUGUAGCACGGGGUGAAGAUGAGGAGGAGGAAGAAGUAGAAGAGGAAGGAGCCAGUGGCGCUUCUUUAUCUAGUCAUAGGAGCAGUCUGGUUGAUGAGGCACCAGAAGAUGAAGAAUUUGAACAGAAGAUUAGUAGACUCAUGGCUGCAAAAGAGAAACUUAAACAGCUCCAGGAUCUCGUUGCUAUGGUGCAGGAUGAUGAUGCAACUCAAGUGGGUGUCUCUGCCAAUACAUCAAAUUUGGGUGAUUUCUAUGCAGCAGAAGAAGAUACCAAACAAAAUUCAAAUAAUGCAAGAGAAAAUUCUAAUAAAACACAAAAAGAUACUGGAGUAAAUGAAAAAACAAGAGAGAAAUUUUAUGAGGCUAAACUACAGCAGCAGCAGAGAGAGCUAAAACAAUUGCAGGAGGAAAGAAAGAAAUUGAUUGAAAUUCAAGAGAAAAUUCAAGCUGUGCAGAAGGCAUGCCCUGACCUUCAGCUAUCAGCCACUAGUAUGGGUAGUGGUCCAACCAAAAAGUAUCUACCAGCUAUUACUUCAACUCCUACCGUUAAUGAAAAUGAGACCAGCACAAGCAAAUCUGUUAUUGAACCUGAAGAUUCUUCAGUAGUAGAUAAUGAGUUGUGGUCAGAUAUGCGAAGACAUGAAAUGUUAAGGGAAGAGCUACGGCAGAGAAGGAAGCAACUGGAAGCUCUAAUGGCUGAACACCAGAGGAGGCAAGGUCUAGCUGAGACGACUUCUCCAGUGGCCAUAUCGUUGAGAAGUGAUGGAUCUGAGAACCUGUGUACUCCUCAGCAAAGCAGAACAGAAAAAACAAUGGCAACUUGGGGAGGUUCUACUCAGUGUGCCUUAGAUGAAGAAGGAGAUGAAGAUGGUUAUCUUUCAGAAGGAAUUGUUCGGACUGAUGAAGAAGAAGAGGAGGAGCAAGAUGCCAGUUCCAAUGAUAACUUUCCUAGUUAUCAUCCUAGUAUGAAUCAAAAUUCUUACAAUGUAAAGGAAACUAAAAAUAGGUGGAAGAACAAUCGCCCUGUUUCAGCAGAUGGAAAUUACCGUCCUUUAGCCAAGACAAGGCAACAGAAUAUCAGCAUGCAACGACAGGAAAACCUUCGAUGGGUAUCAGAGCUCUCUUACAUAGAGGAGAAAGAGCAGUGGCAAGAACAGAUCAAUCAGCUAAAGAAACAACUUGAUUUCAGUGUCAACAUUUGUCAGACUUUGAUGCAAGACCAGCAGACUUUAUCUUGUUUGCUGCAGACUCUUCUAACAGGUCCUUACAGUGUUAUGCCAAGCAAUGUGGCAUCCCCUCAGGUACACCUUAUAAUGCACCAGCUGAACCAGUGCUAUACACAGCUAACAUGGCAGCAGAAUAAUGUUCAGAGGUUAAAACAAAUGCUAACUGAACUUAUGCGCCAACAAAGCCAGCAUCCAGAAAAAACUAGAAGCAAAGAAAGAGGCAGUAGUGCAUCACACCCCUCUUCUCCCAAUUUAUUUUGUCCUUUCAGCUUUCCAACACAGCCUGUAAAUCUGUUGAAUCUGCCUGGAUUUACUAACUUUCCAUCAUUUGCACCAGGAAUGAAUUUCAGCCCUUUAUUUCCUUCUAAUUUUGGAGAUUUUUCUCAGAAUGUUUCUACACCUACUGAACAGCAACAGCCAUUAGCCCAGAAUUCUUCAGGGAAAGCAGAGUAUAUGGCUUUUCCAAAACCUUUUGAAAGCAGUUCUUCUAUUGGAGCAGAAAAGCAAAGGAAUCAGAAACACCCUGAAGAGGAAGUUGAAAACACCAAGACACCAUGGUUAUAUGAUCAAGAACGGGUAGUAGAAAAACCACUUUUCAAGACUGGAUUUGCAGUAUCUGUAGAAAAAGCUACAAAUAGUAACCGCAAAAAUCCACCAGAUACAAGCAGGAGAAGACGCCAGUUUGAUGAAGAAUCACUGGAAAGCUUUAGCAGUAUGCCCGAUCCCAUAGAUCCAACAACAGUAACUAAAACUUUUAAAACUAGAAAAGCAUCUGCCCAGGCCAGCCUGGCUUCUAAAGACAAAACUCCCAAAUCGAGGAGUAAGAAGAGGAAUUCUACUCAGCUGAAAAGUAGAGUUAAAAAUAUUGGGUAUGAAAGUGCCAGUGUGUCUAGCACGUGUGAACCUUGCAAGAGUAGGAACAGACAUUCAGCCCAGACUGAAGAGCCUGGUCAAGCAAAAUUAUUCAGCAGAAAGAAUCAUGAACAGCUGGAAAAAAUAAUAAAAUAUAGUAGGUCUGCAGAAAUAUCUUCAGCACAUGCUAAAAUGCUAGAGCAAUCUAGCAAAUCUAACAGAAGUGCAUGUGAUGAAGCACCAGAAACUGGAAGUGAUUUUUCCAUGUUUGAAGCUUUACGGGAUACUAUUUAUUCUGAAGUAGCUACAUUAAUUUCUCAAAAUGAGUCUCGUCCACAUUUUCUUAUUGAACUUUUCCAUGAGCUGCAGCUACUUAAUACAGACUACUUGAGACAGAGGGCUUUAUAUGCAUUGCAGGAUAUUGUAUCCAGACAUAUUUCUGAAAGUGAUGAAAAAGAAGGAGAAAAUGUAAAAUCCGUGAAUUCUGGCACUUGGGUAGCAUCAAACUCAGAACUUACUCCAAGUGAAAGCCUUGCUACUACUGAUGAUGAAACUUUUGAGAAGAACUUUGAAAGAGAAACACACAAAAUCAGUGAACGGAACGAUGCUGAUAAUGUGAGUGUCAUGUCUGGAUCUUCCAACUUUGAACCUUUUGCAACAGAUGAUCUAGGUAACACUGUGAUUCACUUGGACCAAGCAUUAGCCAGAAUGAGAGAAUAUGAACGCAUGAAGACUGAGACUGAAAGUAACUCAAAUAUGAGAUGUACUUGCAGGGUUGUUGAGGAUGAAGAUGGUGCUGCUGCCACUACCACAGUCAGUAAUUUAGAAGUAGAAACUCCCAUUACUGAGAAUCACAUUUCGCCACAGCCUGUAAGUGACGUUUCUGCUGUCCCGUGUCCUAGAAUUGAUACUCAACAACUGGACCGCCAAAUUAAAGCAAUUAUGAAAGAAGUCAUUCCCUUUUUGAAGGAGCAUAUGGAUGAAGUAUGUUCUUCUCAACUUCUUACUUCAGUAAGACGUAUGGUUUUGACCCUUACCCAACAAAAUGAUGAAAGCAAAGAGUUUGUCAAGUUCUUUCAUAAACAACUAGGAAGUAUAUUACAGGAUUCACUAGCAAAAUUUGCAGGCAGAAAACUGAAAGACUGUGGAGAAGAUCUUCUUGUAGAGAUAUCUGAAGUGUUGUUUAAUGAAUUGGCUUUCUUUAAGCUCAUGCAAGACUUGGAUAAUAAUAGUAUAGCUGUUAAACAGAGAUGCAAAAGGAAAAUGGAAGCAGCUGGAGUGAUACAGUCUUAUGCAAAAGAGGCCAAAAGGAUUCUUGAAGGAGAUCAUGGCUCACCUACUGGAGAGAUAGAUGAUGAAGACAAAGACAAGGAUGAGACUGAAACUAUUAAGCAGACUCAGACUUCUGAGGUCUAUGAUGCCAAAGGUCCCAAAAAUGUAAGAUCUGAUGUUUCUGAUCAAGAGGAAGAUGAAGAAAGUGAAAGGUGUCCUGUGUCUAUUAAUCUAUCUAAAGCUGAAAGUCAGGCUUUAACUAAUUAUGGAAGUGGAGAAGAUGAAAAUGAGGAUGAAGAAAUGGAAGACUUUGAGGAGAGUCCUGUGGAUGUCCAGACUUCACUUCAGGCUAACACCGAAACUCCAGAAGAGAAUGAGCACGACAGUCAGGUGCUACAACAUGAUCCGGAAAAAAUAUCAGAAAGCACAACUGUACCGUCAGACCAAGAACCAACUAGUAAGAAUGAUCAAGACAGCAGCUCUCCUGUGAAACCUUGUUAUCUCAAUAUCUUGGAAAAUGGACAACCUUUAAAUAGCACUACCCAUAAGGACUCACUCACUCCUACUGAUUCAUCUAAACAGCCUGACCCUACGCCAUUACCCUUAACUGCAAGUGAAACCUUAGUGCCUAACGUCAAAGAAGUGAAAUCUGCUCAGGAGACUCCCGAGAGCUCUCUGGCUGGAAGUCCUGAUACUGAAUCUCCAGUGUUAGUGAAUGACUAUGAAGCGGAAUCUGGGAAUAUAAGUCAAAAGUCUGAUGAAGAAGACUUUGUGAAAGUUGAUGAUUUGCCGCUCAAGCUGACAGUCUAUUCUGAGGCAGAGCUAAGGAAGAAAAUGGUAGAAGAAGAACAGAAAAACCAUUUAUCUGAUGAAAUAUGUGAAAUGCAGACUGAAGAAUUAGCUGGAAAUUCUCAGAUACUGAAAGAACCUGAAACAGUGGGAGCCCAGAGUAUAUGAACUGUCUUCAGGGACUCAUCUAAUUCUCUUACAUAGUCAGUGCAUAUAAAAAGACACUAAAUAAAUAUCUGUUUUGAUCUGUAUAAAAUGUAAAUUAGUUUGACACUGCAUUUUUGAUGGGUGUGCUAAUCUCUGCCUGUGGCAGUUUAAAACAUCAGAAUCUGAAUCCUGGACAGAUUCAAACCUUGACACACUGUGGGAAUUUUCUUUUUAUUUUAUUAUUAUUUUGUUGUUAUUGUUAUGGUCUUGACCCUCACCCUUCAUUGUGAUGUUUUGAUAUGUUAACUUUAAAAUGUAGUUUUAAAUAAAGUUUGAACUUAUCUGUAAAGUAUGCUUUUGGGAAAUUUUGUUGAAUUCUAUGCAGCAAAUUGCUGUUUUAUGUAACUUAACACUAUUCCGAACCAGCAGUGGUCAAGAAUUGGAGAAAUACAUUAAUUACUCUAGAGCCCAGCCUUAGACCAGUCUUCAGAAUAAUGCCAGUGUUACUGCUGUUGGGUCUGAUGGUCUCAUAAUUCCUUCCUGGUCCUGUGUAAGGAUAAAGUAGACUUUAUAAAGGUGACCAGGAGUAGAGUGGUCAUAGAACAUGUUAGUAACCCACAUUGUGUACGAGGUUUAGAUUAUGUUAGUACUUAGGACUUCACAAAAUUAUCUAUUAGAUUAAUAUUUUCCAGAGUUGCAAAUCCUGUCUAAAAAUUAACAAACAAGCAUUAUAUAAAUGUAGGGAGUAUUUCUGUACAGACAAGUAGCAUUCUAAUUAAUUUAAAAUGAAAACCCAAACUCUUUCAAGUAGGAUAAAUAGAACUAAAUUUAUGUACAGAACAUUAAGACUUGUAAUGCCUUUGGACAAACAUGCCUUUUGAGAUGAUAAUUUAAAACCAAAGCCUAACAGUUGGUUUUGUGUGUCCUGAGGGAGAGAAGCAAGUCAAUUGUUAAGGAAGUCUCUGAGCUCUUCAUCACUUAUAAACCAACUUUAAAAAAGUGCUUUGUCUUCUGAUUCCGUCAUGCUUACCACCACCCUGAUUGGUAUUCUCGUAGAGCCAGUUAACCGUGAAUAAGUCAGUCUUACAGACUUUUACUUGAAAAGUCAGUGUUAAUUCCAAGUAUCUACUUAAAUUUGUUCAAUAUUGUCUAAAAUACCCUCUAAGAACUUGUUUGGUAUUCCUUUAAAAUUCUCACUUGCUUGAUGGCUUAAUAUAAAUGUCCAUUCAGGGAAUAAAAAUGACAAUUUCCCUCUGAGGACUUUUAUUGUAUUGUUAUUUAAUUUAAAGUAAGACCAUAUAUCUUGGAUGUCAUUCAAAUUUAUUUGGAAACUACCAAUCCAGAAUCAAGGAUUCUUACCCAGUUGGACUGACUUCAGGGACAUUAGAACAAUAAUUUAUAUGUACAAACAAGUUGUAUAUUUUCCAGACUCAAAGCAAGAAACUUGGUUUGAACCCUCAAGCCAGGCCUUACAAUUGCAGUGCAUUCUCCUCCUCCCCCUCCUUCUCUCUCUGCAUGCUUCAGUGGAUGAAUUGGUUUAGAUGUUAGCUCUUACCAUGGUACCUAUGGACUUCAUCAAACUACUUUAUUUGACUUACAUUAGAGCUGCUAUCUAGUCUGUUGUUUUCAUAUUUUAGUAGGUAAUUUAGUUUUAAAAUACCCAGAGAUUGAGAACAGAUAAUGUAUGUAAUAUAUUUUUUUCUAGUAAGUAUUGCUCAAAAGUUAAUUAAAUUAAGUAUUCCUAUUUGUCUUAAUUUGUAAGUUAAAACUUUGGUUAGUGAUAAGAGAGAGAGAAAAAAUCCCAAUGAGUAAGCUACAACUCUACAAAGUUAGAGAUAACACUAUAAUAAUGAACUACCCAGACUAUGGAGGUACUCUGUAUUUUGUAACAUUCACUUUGGGUAAAUGCUUUUUCACUGUUAAUAAAUGUAUAUCCUACAUAUAA